GUCGGGUGGGUUUAGUUCGGUUGAUUCUGAUUUUCAGUAUUAUAUUCAUAAGUCCCCCAUUCAGGUUUGAUUAAAUUUUGGAUCGGAUUCAAUUUGGUUUUUUCUGGAUUCGGUUCGGACCGGGUUAUAAUCAUUGUCUGAAGUCGCAUAAAAAUUUAUAAAAAAAAAACUGAAUAACAAAUAUUUAAAAUAAAAAAAAUUAUUCAAAAAUCUAAUUAAAUACUACUUAAACUAACAAAAUUAAUUAACUAAUUAAAAACUACUUAAACUACCAAAACUAAUUAACUAAUUAAUCAUAUCCUUUCAAUUUCAGGCAGCUAAUUACGAUUAGCAGGCCAGGUGUUGCAUAAGUCGUGGGCCUCAUUAAUAAAGCCCAAUAGAUCUUUCCCUUUUUUGGAAAUUUUAUCGCGCCAAAGAAAAAUGAAAAAUGAAAAUUUGAUUUCAUCUUUCCACACACAAUCAAAGCAAUAUUAUCAUAUAUGACGUCUCCUCGGUUGCACACUCAGUGAAUGAGCUGUCCUCCUCCUCUUUGUAGAUCUUUAGGGUUUCCUGUGUUUCUCUUUGGACUAAGAAAAAGCGGGACUUUUGAUUUUGAAAGCGAGCAAUGAGUACAGAGAAUCAAACGAUGGUGAAAGGGAGUGAGGUAGAAGUGUCUUCUCAAGAGGAAGGUCUCAAAGGAGCUUACUUUACCGCUCUUCUCAAGGAAAACACAACCCUCUCAGGUCGCAAGAAGCUUUCUGUCACUUACAAGACUUUGCUAACCGAUGACGACGGUUCGUCUCCUCUUACCGAAGCCGUCCAACAGAGUCUCCUCCGACCGGUUCCGCCUGAGGAAGAGUACGCCGGCGUUGUUCUGGAGGAAGGGACGGUGGUGGACGCUUACCUCAGAGAUGGGUGGUGGACUGGUGUCGUUAUUAACAAGAAAUUAGAGGAUAAUAACUUCUUGGUCUGCUUCGAUUCACCGCCGGACAUUAUCGUGUUCGAGAAGACAAAUCUCAGGGCUCAUGUUGACUGGACCGACUCCAAAUGGGUCCCACCAGAUCUCAAGGCAGCUCGAGAAUUAGGAAACAAGAAGGCUGAUGCUUGUGUGAUGAAUAAUGAAACUCCUCAGGUCAUAACCCCAAUAGCUAAAGUAUCUGCUCCAGUUGUAACACCAUCACCACCGGUUAUAGCUGCUACACCGACUGAAACUGAGGGACAGCUGUCCUCAGAGCCAAGGAGUAAACAGAAUGGCUUGGAAAAAAAUGAUUCAAUCCCUCCACAUAAGAUGCCUGAGGAGGAGGAGACUAGCCAAGUUCUGAGUAGAAAAAGAAGAAGAGAAGAAGAACAACAACAACACUCAGAUGUGAAUGAAACUGAGGUGUCGUCAUCUUCCUCUCAUCAAACCCCAAACGUGAUGAUGAUGAAUUCUGCUGCUAGUGUUGAGGAAACACCACCACCAGCGCUGCUGAAGGCUUUGCCUUUUGCAAAGAGGUCACCGUACUGGAAGAGUCCUGAAGCGAAGGAGGGUUACAAAACUAUGCCACAGCGCCCUCACUUCAGCCCACUGCUUGCUGCUGCUGCUGAAUAUGUUAAUCACCGUGAGUGGUCAGCGGUAGGCAUGACGGUGUCCUUUUAUGGUUUUCUAGAACAAGUCAAAGGUCUGAAACCCCAUGAUUCCUUGAGCGUUCUCUGUAGUCUCAGUGAAUCUUUUGUGGAACUAGAGGAGUACGGUUUCGACAUUGGUGCACCUCAGUCUCGGAUCCGCAAGAUGAUGUCUCUCAAAGAAGAGCAAGCGAAGAUAGCAGAGGAGAAACAGUGUCUUGAGAGGAAGGUUGAUGAGGACGAGAAGAGAAGCCGCGAGUUAGCUGAAGAAAUGGCUGUGUUGAAAGGCAAAAUGCUUGAGCUGCAGAGACAAGAAGCGGUUGCAAGAGAGGAGAAAGAGGCAGCUGACAAGAGGGUAGUUGAAAUGAAAGCAAGUGGGGAAAGGUUUGAGCAAAAGAUGGAAGAUGUGGAACUUGAGUUUCUUGAGACUGCCUCGGCUCCAUGGUAAGAGGAGUUCAAAAGAAAACAAAAACUAUCAAGUAGUAGCUCUAACGUCUGUUUUAGUAA